CAAGCCCCGCAAUCUAUUACAAUUAAAAUUUCAUUGUGAAUCAUACUUAACCAAGAAGAUGGAAAUUGUGAAACCUAUCAAAAUUGGAACACAACAGUGAUUAGUUUGACGCCAGAAUUAUAUUUUGGCUAAUUUUUUCUCCGUUUGUAAUUUAUUGUGUGGAUUUAUCGAAAUAUUAGCAAUACACCACACAGGCUAUUGACUGCUAUCAGGAAAAAUGUCGCACACAUACUCUUCCGCGCCGAGUAAUAGUGGCGGGUCUGUAAAUGUGACUGCCACCACCAGUGGUAGUCGUCAUGGCCCCAACAAUAAUUCGGUGAAUGCGAGCCAAGUCAUUUCAUCUGGAACAUUUAACAUAUCAGGUGAUGUGUUAGUAAGCAGCAGCAGUGCGCCUAGCAAUUCCAAUCAGAAGCAAUCUACCAAAAGUCCACGACCAGCUACUGCUCGUAAGCCACCUCCCACCAUCGAUAACUUCUGGCAGAACAUUAUGGCCGACGUGAGGGGUAUUAAUCAAGUAGACGCUAAACAUCAAGCUUUGCCACUGGCGCGUAUAAAAAAAAUAAUGAAGUUGGAUGAAAACGCAAAAAUGAUUGCAGCCGAAGCACCUCUUCUCUUUGCCAAGGCCUGUGAAUACUUUAUACAGGAGCUGACAAUGCGGGCUUGGAUACAUACCGAAGAAAGCAAACGACGCACGCUCCAGCGCUCUGAUAUUGCUCAAGCGAUUGCCAAUUAUGACCAAUUUGAUUUUCUAAUUGAUAUUGUGCCUCGGGAAGAUAUAAAACCUACUGCUAGUAGUGGCACAAGAAAAGAAGCGUCACAGCAUCAUGCUACGGUAAACUCCUCAACCAGUACGCCUGCAACUGCUGCUGUAAUGACGGCUGGCACAGUAACUCUACCUGUAAAAAUGGAAACUGCCGAUGGGGAAGUAUUGACAUUUGGCACCAUCAGCUCAGAUACACUUGCAGCAUCUGCAGCUCAACAACAUCAUUCCCAGCAAGCACACCCUACAAUGCAACAACUGCAAAUCAUACAACAGCCAUCCGCUACUCAUCCGCAGCAGAUGCAAUAUUAUAUUGCUACUCCAGAAGCUCUGAAUGCCGCACACGGGCAAAAUGCAGCGCCACAUCAACAACUACAGAUUAUACAGCAAGCGGCACAACCGCAAUAUUUUAUAACCACUCAUCAACCGCAACAACUCAUACUGACGGCUGGACCGAAUGGACAAUUCACUGCAACUCCAGCGCCGGCAAAUACAGCACAACAGCAACAAGCUGCUUUACUGCAAAAUUUGGCGCAACACCAACAACAGCAGCAGCAACCACAAAUACAACUUUUACAACAGGUUGUGACGCCCUCGGGCGAGAUAACAAACGUACCCAUUGCAAUAAACGCAAAUCAAUUGAAUUUGCUCCGCCUGCAAAUGCAGCCUAGUGCAACGCAGCAGCUGCUGCAGCUCAAUACUCCCGCUAACGCUCCAGCCACUACCUCUCAUACCGUUUCUGCUGCUCAGGUACAAGCCCAACAACAACAUGGACAACAGCAGCAGCACCAGCACCCACAUGUUAGUGCAGGUGCUGCAAAUAUAUUUAUAAAUGCCACACCACAUGUCGCACAACAUCCGCACCAACAACAACAACACCAUCAGCAGGUGCAACAACAACAACAGCACGUCAAUUUGUCGGGUGCGUCAAUUGUCGCUACUGAUCGUGCUCUGGGCGGCACUUAUAGACCGAACUGCUAGCCACCGGAGCUCAUUUACCUCCAACAAACUCCAGCCACUUAUAAUUCCGUUUCUGCAAAAGCGCACAGAGGAACACAAUACAGCAGUAGCGAAUAUAUUUGAGACGAGGAUGUUAGCAUAAAACGUUUUAUUUCUUUUAUAAUUUUUAAAAUUAUACGGUUAGAAUCUGUAAAACUUCGUGAAUUAUAUAUGUAUAUUCAUAUAUAUAUAAUUUAUAUAUAUAUAUAUGUUUUAGUGAUUAGAUUUAUAAUUGUAAAUAGCAAAUACGUAAAGGCCAAAUAGAUUUUAGUGCUAAGUUUAAAAAGUCAACAAGCAAAUGAACGGCAGCAAUCCAGGUUUAAAUUUAAUUGAAUGCGAGUCUGUGAUUAUAGCCGCAGUGUAAUGUUGUAAAUUUUUACGCCGUAUGUGUGCACUCACAAAAUCUCUUUUAGAAGUACUUAUGUACAUAAAUAAAAAUUGUACACUUAUUUAAGGACAAUCUUUAAGGCGAGUUUUUCAGGGCCAGUUUAAAGUUAGAUCACGUUGAACAGCUAGCUGACAUUUUAUUGGCUAGUUUAAACCAGCCAGCUCGAGCAUUUAAACCCCAGCAGUGCACUGAAAAAUGUAGCCGCUACAACAACAACAACAACUGAAAAACUGGCCCUAAGGGUAUGUUUUAUGUGAAAUGUGUUUGUGAAAUGUAUGCACACAUAAGUGAACACAAACAAAAUUAAAACACUUAGAUGUUAGUUAUGUAUUUAAUGUGCAAAAUUUAAUACAAAUAUAUAAAGUAGUAAUUUUAAUGUUA